GGACUAUUCUGAUACAUAAUUUUGGCAGGAGACACAGUAUUAAGAGGCUGAAAAUGAAGACUUUCAAAUAUGACGAAUCAUCUCUCUCUGAUGCUACAGAAAGUCCUUCUCCCAAAUGUAUACUGAAACAGAUCAUCCAGACUGGUUUAAAACUCCACACAUUGAAAAUAUUGGUGAUAAUAAAUUUAGAAAGUCUGAAGUUAACAUCCAGCCUCCAGCACCGGCUUUGAAAACUAAAAUAAAGAAACCUGUUGAAAAGAGUCCUGUGAAGUUGUCUUCUACAGUUGCCAGGCUUAAAAAGAAGACUUUUAAUUGUAAUGAAUCAUCCCUAUCUGAUGCUACAGAAAACCAUUCUUCCAGAUAUAUACUGAAGCAGAUCAUUCAGACAGAGCCUGUGAGUGAUCCUUUGGUUAUAAGUAAACCGAGGAGGAGUAAACCACCACCAUUAUCUGAUCCAUCUCCAUAUUUUGAGAAGUCUGGUCUCAGGGAGAGUGAGCUCUCAAGUCUGGCCUCUCCAGAUUUGUCUACAGUGGAUGUUACAGCUGUUGUCCAACGAAUGAAGCAAAAACGCCCACUCAAAAGAAAGAGUGCCUUUCAGUUUGAAAUAAAAAUGAAAGAUGCACUUCAACAAAGAGAGGAUUUGGAGACAGAGGGGCAAAUUCCAAGAAAAUCUGUGAUGGACCAAACUGAUGAGAAUGAGCUCUUAAUUCUGGCAUCUCCAGAUUUGUCUAAAGUGGAUAUUACUGCUGUUGCCCAACAAAAGAAGCAGAAACACCCACUCAAAAGAACGAAUGCCUCUCAAUUUGAAAUAAAAAUGAAAGAUUCAAUUCAGCAAAGAGCAGCAGUUCAAAGUCAUGUGUGAGGAAGCCAACACAAUCUGAAAAUAGAAAGAACAGCAGAUGUAUUGAAAAACAAUAUGACCUUCCCAAAAGUGUGGUUUUGUCAACUUUCAGCCAUUUUGCCAGGACCAAAGUGUCCAAGGAUGUUUAUCCCAUUUUGCAGACAUGUGUAGGGAAAUAUUUUGACAGACUGGCUGAUGACCUUAGCAUGUAUGUACACCAUGCAAAAAGAAAGACUGUGGAAAUGGCAGACCUUGAGCUCCUAAUGAAGAGACAAGGAUUUGUGACUCAGAAGACACCUCUAAAUGUGUUAAUUGAAAAACACCUUACCUUGGAGUACAGAAAACUGCUGAUCCCUGUAGCCUCCAGUGGUAAUAAGGUUACUCCCAAUAUUUAAGCAAAACCCUUCAUUUUUCAUAUUUGGUAGACAGUAUAAUGUUCUACAGUGUGUUUAUAAUGUUGUAUUCAUUGUUAUUUUGCUAUUUUAUUCUUUGUUUCACUUUACACAGUGUUAAAUUAUUUCUUGAGCGUACAAGUUUUUACUUUGUGCACAGAUAUGAAUAUAACUAUUAAUAAAGCUAAUGUUCACUCAAAAAUUUGGCUACCUCUUUUUUAUAAGUUACUUAAAUAGCCCUUAU